AGCCGUGAGCGCGGACGCCUGCGCCGAGGAGACGUGCUGCCUCUUCCACCCCUCCCGCGCGGGAAUUGGCACGACGCCCCCUGGCGGCCGGGAGGAGCAGGAAAGAGCACUGGAAGCUGCUGGGCAACCUGAAGACCACAGUGGAAGGGUUGGUGUCCACCAGCAACCCCAACGUCUGGUCCAAGUAUGGCGGCCUGGAGCGGCUCUGCAGGGACAUGCACAGCAUCCUGUACCAUGGGCUCAUCCACGACAAGGUGUACUGCAGGCAGAAGGAUUACUGGCAGUUCGUGAAGGACAUCCGCCGACUGAGUCCCAGCUCUGCUCAUCACCUGGAGAAGUUCAUCAGCCUGCAUGAGAACGGCCAGCCCAGCCCAGACAGCCACAGCGACCAAGCUAUUGCACAGCUGUGGCUGCAGCACAGCCUGCAGUUCCACUGCCUCUCAGCACAGCUCAGACCUCUCUUGGGGAACAGGCAGUACAUAAGGAAGUUCUACGCAGACACAGCCUUCCUGCUCAGUGACGCCCACGUCACGGCCAUGCUGCAGUGCCUGGAGGCUGUCGAGCAGAACAACCCCAGGCUGCUGGCUCAGAUCGACACAUCCAUGCUGGCCGGCACAUCACUGCCCUCCAUGUGCUCCUCAGGUCCCUCUGCUGGGACAGGAGAGACGUGUGACCACGACACUGAAGGACACCAGAGCCGCCUGCCUGGGGGACUGGGCUGCAUGGAUCAUCUCACUGAGAGCCUGCUCACAAGGAAGGGUGAAAGUCUGUCUUCAGUGACAAAGAGCCAGAGCCUGACUGCGCUCCCUGGGUCCUUCUAUACCCUCUCUCCGGGCUGCAUGCAGCAGCACCACUGUGGGUCCUUCUCCAGCCUGCCUUACCCAGCUUCCUCUGGCCUCCCAGACAGGAGACAAGCAAGCUCCUCCAUCAGCUCCAGCUCCAGCCAACCCCAGGAACACUGCCUGGCCUCCCGGUCCUCCUCCUUCAGCGAGGGCAGGUCCCCCCUGGAGCAACCCAGUGCUGUCCCUCCAUCCCACAUCCCCUCACCCAAAGACCCUUUCUCUCCAGCCAACGAGAUGAGUUCCAGCACCACCAGCCAGAGCGAGGACACUUGGACAGGGAGUCAGGAUGAUCCACAAAGUGAUGCUAACGACGGGCCAGAGUAUCUGGCCAUAGGGAACUUGGGGCGCCGGGGCCGGGCCUGCAGCAGUGCGAGCACCAGCAGCAGUAAGAGCAGCAGCUCCAACAUGUUCUCCUCCAGCAGCUCCCAGAAGCUGGACUCAGGGGACCGGGGAGCAAACGGAUGUGGCAGCAGGGGCCUGGGCCUGUUGCGCCGAUCCAGCUUUUCAGAGGGACAGUCAUCGGUGCCGCAGGGCAUCCUCAAGAAGAGCCAUGUGCGCUCACACUCUGACACCAAUGUGGCUUCUGGGAAAUUGCAUGGAGGCCUCAGGGAUAUCACCAUUAUAAUAGAAGAUCCAGUGGCAGAGUCUCAUGCUGAUACAGUUGGAGGAAGAGGAACGGUCUCCAGUUCCACCCAGAGCAGUGAACUGAGCACACCCAGCUCCCUCUACAUGGAGUAUGACUCUGGCCAGUACCUGAGCUCGGGGGAAGGGAUGUUCAGAAGACCCUCAGAAGGGCAGUCCCUCAUCAGUUACCUCUCUGAGCAGGACUUUGGCAGCUGUGCAGACCUGGAGAAGGAGAAUGCUCACUUUAGCAUCUCAGAGUCACUGAUUGCUGCUAUCGAGCUGAUGAAAUGCAACAUGAUGAGCCGACAGCUGGAGGAGGAAGAGGAAGACAGCGACAAGGAGAUCCAAGAGCUCAAACAAAAGAUUCGCAUUAGGCGCCAGCAGAUCCGCACCAAGCACCUGUUCUCUACCUGCCAGGAGAUGGGCUCAGACAGCCUUGCAGCGACUGACAGCGAGUCCCAGUUCAGCUCCCAUGGCUCCAUGCGCCUGUCUGAUUCGGGCUCUGCAGAUGAUGUGGAGGAGUACGAGAUCCGAGAUGGUAACGAUGGAUCUAACCUGAUUCAAAUGUCCAAGGACGGCCUCUCAGUGUCAAUGGCUUCCUUGUUCUCAGAUGCAGACAUCAAGAGGAACCCAGACUCCAGCAGGAAGCCCUUUCUCUCCUCGGAGUCCAUAUCCCACUCAUUCGGCAAUUCAAACUCAGCAGAAGCUGUGGCCAUGGGUUUGCUGAAGCAGUUUGAGGGCAUGCAGCUGCCGGCUGCUUCCGAAUUGGAAUGGCUGGUCCCUGAACACGACGCCCCACAGAAGCUCCUGCCCAUCCCCGACUCUCUGCCUGUCUCUCCCGAUGAUGGAGAACACGCUGACAUCUACAAGCUGAGGAUUCGGGUGCGCGGAAACCUGGAGUGGGCCCCCCCACGACCACAGAUCAUCUUCAACGUUCAUCCAGCCCCAACGAGGAAGGUGGCUGUGGCCAAGCAGAAUUACCGGUGUGCAGGCUGUGGCAUCCGGACCGAUCCUGAUUACAUCAAGCGACUGCGGUACUGUGAGUACCUGGGGAAGUAUUUCUGCCAGUGCUGCCACGAGAACGCCCAGACAGUCAUCCCCAGCCGCAUCCUGCGCAAGUGGGACUUCAGCAAGUACUACGUGAGCAACUUCUCCAAAGACCUGCUGAGCAAGAUCUGGAGCGACCCGCUCUUCAACGUGCAAGAUAUCAAUCCUGCCCUGUACCGGAAGGUGAAGUCUCUCAACCAAGUGUGGCUGCUGCGAAUCCAGCUCUUCCACAUGAAGAACAUGUUUAAGACGUGCCGGCUAGCUAAAGACCUCCUGGACUCCUUCGAUGCAGUGCCUGGCCAUCUGACAGAGGAUUUGCAUCUCUACUCUCUAAGCGACCUCAGUGCCACCAAGAGGGGGGACCUGGUGCCUCGCCUGACGGAGCUCCUGAAGGCAGGCAGCCUGCACGUUGAGAAGUGCAUGCUGUGCCAAGCCAAAGGCUUCAUCUGUGAGUUCUGCCAGAAUGAAGGCGACAUCAUCUUCCCCUUUGAGCUCAACAAGUGCAAGACAUGUGAAGAAUGUAAAGCCUGCUACCACAAGUCCUGCUUCAAGUCCACACGCUGCCCUCGCUGCGAGCGACUCCAAGCCCGGAGAGAGCUGCUGGCCAAACAGAGCAUGGAAUCCUACAUCUCAGACUAUGAAGAUGAUGAGCUGGAGCAGCAGGAGGCAGCAACAGCCACCUAAGCAUGGUGCAGCAGAGGAGCAGGCACUGGGUUUAUUUUCACCUUCGUCAUCAGAGACUGAACCAAGCAUACUUGCAGUGAGGAUGACUGGCAGGACACUCAUCAUACCUGGAGCACCGUGUCAAAGGGAUCUGCUUUCCCCUGUACAGCAGCGUAGGGGAAGGAGCAUCUUCCAUCAUCUCAUCUGUUCCAGGUAAUGGACACCCUGCAAUGCCUUGAUGUGCGGAAAGGUGGCCAGUCCCGUCUGUCCUGCAGGCAGAAUGUGAGCCUUUUACCAGGCAAUUGCUCAUUAGCCUGUCUGCGGCCUUCUCCUUGUCCAUCUUCAUCCCCUUUCUUCCUGGAGGAGUCCUCACUGGGGUCAGCACUUUCUACUCAUCAAGGGGACACUGGAAGCUCUGGCCAUCUGCUCCUGGGAGGGGGAAGUCAGUUCUCCAAGUCCUUCCAUCCGCUGUCUUGCUGCUAGUUUGUGUGUACAUGGAAGGAGGGAAGGGUUAGGGGGAGUGGUGGGGGGUGGGGGAUUGAUGGGACAUUUAGCAGUUCCCUUUUUUAACAUCUGGGUUGGAACCAUUGCCAGUAAACCAUUGCUCUCCCUCCAGAAUCAGAGCAGAGGAAGUAACAGUGAUGUAAACACUGUGUCUGUCCUGCCUCCCCCCACACCAUCCAUGCUGAGCUGCUCCAUCUCCCUCCACCCCAAAGGCAUUGCAAUGGGAGCAGCUGAGAUGCACAGCUGUGUGAGGGGACUGCUGAUGGGCAGGGGCUGGAGGUGGCUCUGCAUGAUAGGACACACAGUUAGCAAGGCUUCAAACCUCACAUCCUUUUCAUGCUGCUGCUCUGUCCUCCCUGGGGUCUGCCUCUUCCUGUAAAAGGGACAUGGGACCUCCCCACAGCAGCAGCACCAGGGCCUGCCUUGCAUGCAGCUGUCUUCUGCCUGCAUCGGUUGGGAUGUGUAAAGCCUCUUGGCUCAGUCCUCUGGUCACCUCCCCCUAACUUCUCUGUCCUGGCUGUUCUUUUACAUUGGGCUUUUGUUUAUUUUUUUUUCUUUUAAUUGGCUGGAAUUGGUUUUAUUUUUUUUUAAAUGAGGCUGUAUGUAUUUUUAACUGUUUGUUCCCCACCCUGAGGAGAUGCUCCUUUUACGGAGUGUGCAAUUUGUUUGGGACUUACCAGUGUAAAACCUCCAGAGCUUUCCUGCUCCUGGUCCAUUACCCCCUGACAGAAGCUAGGGAAUGCCAGGGGUUCUCUGUCCCAUCAGCUCUGCUGUCCUCGGGAGAGCAGUCACCGAACCCCUCCAGGAAACAGAGCAGGCUGGUCCCAGAAAGAGCGCACCUGAGAGAGGCCUGGCCCUGGAGGUGCUGCAAGGUGCCUCUGCAGCCAGGGAUGCUUUAUCCCAUGGCACGUGUCCAGCACCAAGUUAUCAUGGGAGGGACAUGCACACCCAGCAUUAGGGUGGACGUUAGGAAGGAUGGUGGGGCCUGUGUACGUGCAAGAAGGGUGGUGAGGAGCAGGGGGCAAUAUGCUGUGAGAAGGCUUUCAAGAUGUGCCUAGGUAUGGGGUGAUGGCAGGGCUGGAAGGGCAAGGCUGGGACUGGGAGAGGUAGCUGCAGUGCAGCUCCAAGCCUUGCUUAUGGGACAGCAUCUCCUCCCUGUGCUGCAGCAUCCUGCCACAACCAGCUCUAGGGAUCCCAGCCUGGAGCAGUUCCGUUCCCCACCUGCUCCCGGAGUUCUUGCCUCCUCCCAUCUAUCCUCAUUUUCCCCGGGAGAGCAGCUGCUCUCCUACCUGCUCUGCAGCUGGAAGCUCUGGAGCUACCACAACUUGGUCUACCUUGCCAGCGGAGAGCAUUGCCACUGUUCUUGCCUCUGGUCCGCACGCUGCCAUCCAGCUCAGCAGGACGAGCUGGCCUCCCUCCUCCUGGGAUCUGGCUCAGAGCAGCACAACUUCAUCCACGCCGUUUUGUUUGAAGCACUUUAAUGUCAUGGGGCACUGGCUGAGAGGUUGCCCACAUCCCGUUCUAGAAGCACUGAGUAUAUUUAGAGAGAAGCGAAUGGAUUUUGGUUUAUUUGUGUUUUCCUCCCUCUGUCUGAAAGCAAUGGGGACUUGAAACCUGGCAGAGGGCUCUGGAGCAAGGUGAUGUACAACACUAACACCCCGACAUGAUGCUGGAGCUUGCCAAGGCCCUGGCUGUUUGUAAGGGAGAACCACAAGCUGCCCCAGCAUUUCACUUGGAGCCCUCCCCAUGGGACUGCUGCACAGCGUAGCAGUGAAGAUGCCGUCCCUAAUAAACUAAGUUAAUGUGA